AUAAAAUCCAUCUGCUUGCCAAUUGUAGUGGGUAACUCAUGAUCGAAUUGGAAGUAAAUUGUUAGUUGACGUACUUAUCGAAAUGACCAUGAACAUUACUGACCAUUCAAAUUUAAUUGGUGGUAUAGGUGCUAUACUUCAUCCAUUAGCACCAAAUAAUGAUAAUGCUUUUAAUCCAUAUUUUUUAACGGCCGUAAUAUCUACAUUUAGUAUAGUUAAUAUCAUUCAAGGUGGUAUUAACUUAACUACCAAUUUGCAUCAAAAGACUCGGUAUGGACAGUUCUCCACUAAAUAUACUGGAUUAAACCAUUAUCUUAGAUUAACAUUAGUUUUAAUUCAUGGAUUACUAUUUUUAUACCUUUGCUCAUAUAUAAACAUUCAAAAAAAAUUAGGACAAUCCAAAAUAUUCAGUCUUGGUUUGUUAGUGAUAAGCAUUCUAGGUAUAGUACUCCCAUUGCAUUUUAUUGAAACAAGUUACAGACCAAUACCUUUCGAUUUCCUUUUAAUAUUUUGGCCAAGUUUGCUUAUCUUAGAGAUAGCUUUAUUCUUUCAGGAUAAUUAUACUACUUGGCCAUUGAUUCAUCCCCAUGUAUCCAAUCCAUCUUUAGUCCUAUGGAUCGAAGUAUUUCUUCUUAUCAAUACUGGGCUUAUCUUUUACCUUGAGAAUUCAAAGACUUAUUGGAAACCCAAUAAAGAAUUAACAUUUCAAUUUAUUAAAAAUGGACAAAGAAAAGAACUCGAUGCUCACAAUUUAGUGGAAAGAAUCACCUUAAACUGGAUUAAUCCGCUAAUUGUUAGUACUUAUAACAAACAAUACUUAGAUGAAUCAGAAUUACCAGAUAUUCCUCAUAGAAUAACUACUGUAGGAAACGCAGAAAAGCUUUUAAAGCAUUGGAACAAUGAUGGUUCAAAAUCAUUAUUAUCUAGUCUUAUUGGAGCAUAUGGGUUUGAACUCACAAUUGCUAUUCUCAUUGAAUUCAUGGGUCGUUUAUUAAAUUUCGUCAAUCCUCAAUUAUUAAAACUCUUUAUUAGAUUCUUUGACAAUAAGGAUGCACCAUUAUUAGAAGGAAUUUUGAUUGGGUUAGGUAUAUUUGCUGUUACUGUUGUUCACACAUCAUUAACUAAUGAAUAUAUUUUAAGAACUUUAGAAGUUGGAUUAGGAUGUAGAUCUGCCCUAACUUCUAUAAUCUAUCAAAAAUCAUUGAAAUUAUCACCAGAAGCUAAAUUAAAAACUUCAUCUGGUGAUAUUAUAAAUUUAAUAGCUGUUGAUCUUACUAGACUUCAAACUGUUAUUCAAGGUUUAAGUACGUUAUUUAUUGGACCAUCAGAUAUUUUAUUAUGUAUUAUAUCCUUAUGGCCAUUAUUAGGUAAAGCCACUUUAUCAGGAAUCUUCGUAAUGGUUUUAUUAAUUCCAAUUAAUACUAUUUUAGUAAGAUACCUGAAGAAUUUAAGUAAGUCACAAAUGAAAUUAAAGGAUAAUAGAUCAAGAAUUAUUAAUGAAAUAUUAAAUUCUGUGAAAUCAAUUAAAUUAUAUGCAUGGGAAAAUCCUAUGCUAAAGAAAUUAUCUGAAUCUCGUAAUGAUAAAGAAUUGAAGAAUUUAGCUACUAUAAGAUUAGUUAACCAAGUGGGUGACUUUGUUUGGAAUUUAAUUCCAUUCUUAUUUUCAUUCACAUCAUUUGCAACUUAUGCUUUGACCAGUUCAACUCCAUUGACUUCUGAUAUUGUAUUUCCAGCAUUAGCAUUAAUUAAUCUUUUAUCAGGACCAUUAUUAGAAUUCCCAACUCUUAUUACUUCAAUGAUUGAAGCUUAUGUUGCAUUAGAAAGAAUUACAAAAUACUUAACUAGUAGUGAAGUUGAAAAUACUUUUAUUACACGUACCAAUAAUCCAACAGACCCCAAUUCUAUUGAUAUUGUCAAUUCCUCAUUCUUAUGGUCCAAACCAAAAUAUUCAGAUAAUGAAAAUGAUAUUCAAUCGUAUAAUUAUGCUUUAAAGAAUGUAAAUUACACGGUAAAGAAGGGAUCAUUAUCUUGUAUUGUAGGACGAGUUGGAAGUGGUAAAUCAUCAUUUCUUUAUGGAUUAUUGGGCCAAUUAGUAGUGGUCAAAGGGUCUAAUGAUUCUAUAAAUCCUUCUGUUAAUAUUAAUGGUAAUAUUGCUUACUGUCCUCAAUUACCUUGGAUUAUGAACGCUUCAUUUAAGGAGAAUAUUAUUUUUGGACAUAGAUAUGAUGAAGAGUUUUAUCAGAAGACCAUUAAAGCUUGUCAGUUGUUAACUGACUUAAAAGUAUUACCGGAUGGAGAUGAUACUCAAGUUGGAGAGAAAGGUAUCUCUUUAUCAGGGGGUCAAAAGGCUAGAUUAUCGUUAGCAAGAGCCGUAUAUGCUAGAGCCGAUAUUUAUCUAUUAGAUGAUGUAUUAAGUGCUGUGGAUUCUCAUGUUGGUAAGAAUUUACUAACUAAUGUGUUUAGUCGUCAAACAGGUAUAUUGGCUUCCAGGACAAUUAUUUUAAGUACCAAUUCAAUUAAUGCAUUGGAUUUUGCCGAUGACAUAAACUUGAUUGCAGGUGGAACUAUUGAAGAAAGGAGUAGUUUUCAAGGAAUCAAUAUUCAGGACCAUCCAAAACUAUUUGAAUUACUUAAAGAGCAUGGUAAAACUGAUAUUUCCAAGACACCAUCUGUUGUAGAUACCAGUGCACUUAUUACCACUGAAGAAGAUGUAUCCUUAUCACAAGAAGAUGAUUCUAUUUACGAUUUUAGUCCUCAAGUUAAUACUAAUAAAAUUUUAAGAAGAGCUAGUUUAGCUAGUUUGAGGUAUGACCCUCUGAAAAUAGUACUUAAAAACUUAAGGAGUAGUCAAAUUAAAGAAGUUAGUGAAAGGGGUAAAGUUAAAUGGUCAGUAUACAUUGAGUAUGCUAAAGCAUGUUCUAUUAUUGGUGUGAGUAUUUGGUUUAUUCUCUUAGCAUUUUCAUCACUAUUAUCUAUUGGUGGGAAUUAUUGGUUAAAGACAUGGACAGAACAAAAUAGUCAUUCAGGAACUAAUCCUCAUGUCUGGAGAUUUAUUGCUGUGUAUGCUCUUCUUGGAUUUGGAGGUAGUUUUGCUAUUAUUAUUCGAGGUAUGGUAAUGAUGCUUUGGUUGGGAUUAAAUGCUUCACGAAGGAUUCAUGAUAAAAUGGCCACCAGAGUAUUAAAAGCUCCUAUGGCAUUUUUUGAUAGAACACCCGUUGGUAGAAUCAUGAAUAGAUUCACUACUGAUAUUAAUCAAAUUGAUGAUAUUGUUCCAAGGAUAUUGCAAGAUUUUAUGGGUCAAGUAUUUAGUACGCUCAUUACAUUUAUUACUGUGGGGUUGAUUAUGCCAUUCUUUGUGUUGGUAAUUUUUAUGUUAUCGAGUCUUUAUAUUUAUUAUCAAAUAUUUUAUGUUGCUAUUUCUCGAGAUUUGAAAAGAUUAAUUUCUAUAUCUACUUCACCAAUUUUUGGUCAUUUAGGGGAGACAUUAAGUGGUAUAGAUACUAUUAGAGCCUAUGAUCAAUAUAAUAGAUUUGAUCAUAUUAACAGUUCUAAUGUGGAUUUCAAUCUCAGAUCCGCCUAUCUAAUGAGAUCUGUCCAGAGAUGGUUAAUUUCUAGAUUACGUAUCGUUGGAUCAAUCGCUACAUUAUGUGCCUCAUUAUUAGCAAUAUUUACUGUAACAACUAGUCAUCCAUUAUCUUCAUCAAUGGCAGGGUUUGUAAUGGCAUGUGUAUUACAAGUAACAAACUCUUUAAGAAUGGCUGUUAGAAUGUCUGCUGAAGUUGAGAAUAGUGUCGUUUCCGUAGAAAGAUGCUUAGAAUAUACUUCCAUACCUGUUGAAAAAGGCGAAGAUGAUGAUGUCGACGAGAGUAAAUUUGUUAAACCCCCUUUACAAUGGCCCGCUGAUGGAGAAAUAAUCUUUGAUAACUAUUCUACUAGAUAUCGUGAAAACCUUGAUUUGGUAUUAAAGAAUAUUUCUUUGCAUAUUAAGCCUGGAGAACAUAUAGGUGCGGUAGGUAGAACUGGUGCAGGGAAAAGUUCAUUAGCAUUAUCGGUAUUUAGAAUUAUCGAGCCUGCAGAUGGACACAUUGAAAUUGACGGUAUUAAUACCAGUAGUUUGAAAUUGUAUGACUUAAGACAUAAUUUGAGUAUCAUUCCACAAGAUUCACAAUUGUUGGAAGGUACCAUUAGACAGAAUUUAGAUCCAUUCAACUACUACACUGAUGGCGAAGUUUGGAGAGCAUUAGAAUUAGCACACUUGAAAGAUCACAUUGAGAACUUAGAAGAUAAGAACAACGAGAUGGAAGAAGGAGCAUCUAAAUUGGAAUACAAAGUUCGCGAAGGAGGAUUAAAUUUCUCGUCGGGACAAAGACAAUUGAUGUCGUUAGCCAGAGUAUUAUUGAAAAUGAACGAAUCACAAGUAUUGGUAUUAGACGAAGCUACUGCAGCUGUGGAUGUUCAGACUGAUAAGAUCAUUCAAGAAACGAUUAGAUCCGAGUUCAAGAACAAGACCAUCAUUACUAUUGCACACAGAUUAGACACUGUGAUGGAUAGUGAUAAGAUUAUUAGUUUAGAUCAUGGAGAAGUUAAGGAAUUUGAUUCACCUCAAAACUUACUCAAUAAGCAAGAUGGUAUAUUUUAUAGUUUAUGUAAACAAGGUGGAUACAUUUAGUUGUUACUUUAGUUAAUACAUAAUUUUGCAGCAAUUAACACAAUCAUUUCAGUGCGCACUAAAAAUUUAGUGAUUGUAGUGAGCGGUUACUGGUUAGCAGGACAAAGUUUGUGUAAGUUAAGCUC